AUGAAACUCUUUUUAUUUAUAGUAUUAACUUUUAUUUCAUCAAUUAGCUGCCAAAAUAUUUAUUCCAUAGAUCCAAAAGCAAAGUGUGAAAAGUAUCAAGGUGAUACAGAUAUAAUAAAAUGUGCUGAUUAUUUAACAAAUAAUGGUUCUGUUUACAUACCUGGAUCAACAACACAGGAUCAGAUAAUGGUAGAGUUAAAAAUGUAUUUUAAGUUACUAGGAAGUUAUGGAGGAGAUGCUUGUCAAACUGUGCACACAUCUCAAUCUCUUUGCUCAAUGAUGUUACCAGAGUGUCAAGAAUUUCAAAAUAUAGAUACCAAAGAAAUCGUUGCAAUUCCAAAGCGUGUUUGUAGAGGUACUUGUACCGACGUUACAGGUAUUUGUGGUGUAAGUUCAUUGUAUAAUUGUUCACAAUUAGAAGAAGAUCCAAUGCAACCUAAAUAUCCAAUUACAAACACCAUAUAUAAUUUAACAGAUUUUGGACAAUCUUUUGAUUAUACUAUCCAAUGUUUUGACCCACCACAAAAUAAUCAAUCUACUGUCGUAAAAUCUUGCCCAAAUCCACUUGUAUAUAGAUACACUAAAACUCAAGAUGCAGACGCGGAGCUUGGUUAUGUGUAUGUUUCCAAUCAAAGUUAUUGCACAAUUAGAUGCCCAGCACCAAUUAUGUCUGAUUCAGACUGGAACUCUUUGUUAAGAGAGAGUGACGCUUUAGCUUUCAUAAGUUUAGUCUGUUCAAUUUACUUGGUAAUAACAUAUUUAAUAGUUAAUAAUAAAAAAAAUAAAUAUGAUUACUUUUUUGGUUUUUUUACAGGCAGUAUUCUUUUGAUGUCAGUCGCUGGAACAAUGGGUUUGUUCUCCGGAGGGGGAGCGAAGGCUAUUAUAUGUCCCGAAGAAAAUAGAAGAGCAAUGGGUACCGAUAAAGCAUGUUCAGCUUCAGGCUUUUUAUUUCAAUUUUCAAUUGCCAAUGCAGUUUUAUGGUGGUGUAUCCAAUCUUUCGAACUAUGGUAUCAAAUUCAUUUUGUUAAUAAAAAAUUAGAAAUACUAAAGAUUUAUAUUCCAGUUGUAUUGGUUCUUUCUUUGGCCUUUUCUGUACCUAUUUUGGGUUUGGGUCGCUAUAGGGCUGGUUUAGGUAACUUUUUGUGUUGGAUUGAUAGUGGUACUUAUCAAAAUGUAUUUUUUUGGGGUCCAUUUGCUUUUAUGUUAACUUUGGGCACUGUGUUUAUUAUAUUGGUAGUUUAUGAAAUCUACAAGAUUAUGAAAUCAAAUAGUAAAAAAGAUAUUUGGAAGUUACAAAUUAAACCAUUAUUAAAUAUGAUUUUAGUUUAUUUAACAUUUAUAUAUUUAUUUGGUUAUAAUUUUUGGAUUCACCAAAAUGCAGAUUGGUUCUAUGGUUCCAUUGUAGAUUUUUAUACAUGCUUAUUAAAUACAGAUGGUUCCAACUGUUUUAUCCAGGGUCCACCACCAUCAUCAUUAAAGAUGUUUGCAUUUUGCUUACGUAUUUAUGGUGUUUAUGCAAUUAUCUUAUAUGGGUACAAUGCCCGUGUAUGCAAGAUAUGGAGAGAGUCAUUCAUAGGGGUUUAUGUAUUAAAUAGUUCACUAGCCAAUAAAUUAAAAAAUUUCAGCUCUCAUUCGAGAGGAACCACCUCAAGCACAAUUAAAAUGGAUAGUAAUAUGACCAGUCAGAUGGACAGUGGUGGGGGUGUUUCAAGUUCAAUGGAAAAUGAUGAUGUAACAAUAUAUUAG